AUUUACGAUUUUAUUAUAACUAAGUACGUAAAACGUAUAAGAACAUAUUUUAAGAUAUUACAAAAUAUCGUAUGUAGUAUGAUAUAAACAUCAAUCAUCUAAAAAUGUCGCCAAAUGAUUAUUAUUUCAAAUUCAUUGGCUAUGAAUAUAAGAUAAUCUCGUGUAUGUGCAAUACAUUUUGAUGAAUCAGCAUAUACUUUGAAGUCACGGUUAGGAUUUGCUGCAAGUCGAGGAGUACGUCAUUUAAUACCUGAUGCUAUACCUACUUUAAAUUUACCUGUAAUUCGCAAAGAUAAAAAUAUGUCUGAAUUGUUUAAUUUCAAUUCUCAUGAUUCCAUUUCAUUUUUAAAUGAUCAUGAUUAUAGAAAAGAUAACACUAAUGAUACAGCUAAAAUUAUUGGAACAUAUAAAAAUGAAAAAAUUAAAUUAUUACAUGAAAAUAAAGUUUUACACGAUAUUAAUGCAACUUUAGAAGAUAGAGUGAAGAUUUUAGAAGAUAAAUUAAACAAAUCUAUUCAAGAUAAAAAAGAUACUGAAAUAUUACUGUUAAAUAGAAUUAGAAGUUUACAGGAACAAUUAAGAAAUGUAUUAGCUGAUAGCGAAGAGUGCGUAAAGGAAGAAAUACAAGAAUUAUUUACUGAAAUGUUUGCUCCAAAAAAGAUACGAAAAAUUACUCUUAAAUGGAAAAACUAAGUAAUAUAUUUUAAUUUUUUUAAUUAUAA